GACUUGCUUACCUUAAGGUACCUUAGUUAGGCCUUGAUGGUCUUGGGCACCUACGAAACUCUACAAGACCACGAGACUACGCAAGACCUUUGCGUUCUCUCUAACCUCUUUCAUCCCUACCUACCUUACUCAUCCAGUACCCCAAUUCAUCCCACCCGUCCAACUCCUUCUCCUUCUCCUUCUCCCUUUCCCCCCCUCCCCGCCUACGGAUUAAUCAUUGGCUCCUUAUAGAGGCGAAGCUCUCGGCUACGCAUGGUACGACGUGAUUAACUUUUACUAGGUACCUACCCGGGAAGUGGGGAAUAGGACAGAGAUGUACACUGUAAUUCGUUUUACGCCCCGAAUUCAACCCUGGCCCACAUGACCACUGCCAUCUUCAGUCUCCUACCCGCGCCCGCCCUGGUCGUCCUGGGUGACUGGUCAACCCCGAAUCGCAGGAUACCGGAAAUUAUUAUAAUGCGCGACAAAUCAUUUCGGGGG